GCUAGGCGACGGGGCGCUUGAGUGGUUACCUAGCAACGGAGGAGCCCAAAGGACAGAGUCUCCGGGAGAGAAGCAGGAGUCGCCGCGGAGACGGGAAGAUGAAGCAGCUCCAGUGCUUGUGCCAGAUUUGCACCUGCGGGCGCCAUUAUUGUCCUCAUAAUCCGACAAGGAUUUAUGACCAAGGGGAAGAGGUGAACUUCCUUUCUGAAUAUGCGGAAAAGUACCCUGUCUAUGGCAAUGUCCUUCCUCCCCAGAGCCUCAAGCCCCAACAGCAACAUCAGUCCAAUGGUGGAAAAAUGGAAGGCAUCUCCACUUUCAAAUCUGAUUAUCGUCCAUAUGAAUUGGCAAAUCGGCCCGUUCGAGCCCGAGAAGUGUACAAACCCAAGCCUGGAGAGAUUGACCUUGGGACCACUUAUAGAAGAGAUUACAAUGCUCACAAAGUACAACCAAUAGUACUACUAAGACCUGUUGAAAGAAACUAUGUUAAAGGAGACAAACUGAAUACCAUACCCACUUACCGAGAUGACUAUAGGGCCUGGGAAGUUCAAAAAAUUGAGCCCCAUAAAGCACCAAACACUUACAAUCCUCCUACAGAAAAAUUUGGGAACACCACUACCUUUCAGGAUGCCUUCUUUCCUAAGGAAAUCGCAGUCCAAAAAAGUUUUAAGCCUACUGUUUCGACCAGACUUUCAGAUCAACCUUUUAAUGCCAUGUCAAGCCAUCGCAGUGAUUAUAUCCCUCACUACCUUGAACCCAGAUUCAAAAAACCAAGAGAAGAAUACAAGCCAAAUAGCCAGCCCUUUGAUAACACCACAACCCACCGGUGUGAUUUCAGGGGACUUGUUGGAGAGGUUCCCAAAAGCUGCAAGCCUGAACAACAAGCGGCACCAAAGGGUCAAUUUGAGGGAAUUUCAGAGUUCCGCGAUCGCUUUCAACCCUGGGCCGUUUCCUUACCUGAAGUCCGCAAAGCCAAAGAGUACGUUCCCCCCACAGGCAGCAUGGAUCUGAACACCACAAGCCACCUUGAUUAUGUCCAUCAUGACGUCGGUCCCAUCGUCCUCAUGAAACCAUUACAAAAGAGCACCAGAAAUACCGCCCCUUUCAUGGGGACUACGACCAUGCGGGACGCCUUUCAAGCCUGGGAGGCUUCUCGGCCAGAGGCUUGCAAGAAGGCCCAGGAUGCAUUGAAGCCCUCAGGGAAGUUUGACGGCCGGACCACCUUCAGAGAUCACUACGUACCGCACAACAUAGCUCCAGUUCAGAGCUGCAGGCCUCCCAGGAUGCCUCUAACUAGCUCAGCACCUUUUGAGGACCAAAGCAUGUACCGUACGGAAUACACGCCAAAGAGACAGGAAAUCUGCCCAGCCGCCUAUGCGUUGCCUUUGGGAUACGAGUUUGUCAGCAGCGAUUCCGGCGGUCACAAAUUCUUCCGCAGAUUGAGCUCAGAUAUCCCGAACAUUGCCCAAGAAAAUGGUAACCGUAUGCCGAAAGAAAUAGCAGUUAUAGCAUAACUCAGAAUUGUAGUUGUUUGCCACUAAGCAGAUGGAAAUUAUUGUGCAAAGGUAGACGACUGAAAUGGGUCUAAAUGUUUUAAUCAGCACGGUGAUUAUAAGAUUUGGGGAAAUCUGAGAAAUUACUUCAUGAUGGAAAUGUAUUCGUAAAAUGUGUGUCAGUCAAAAUUUCUUUUCUGUAACUAGACCUUAUGAGAUGUGUUUGUCUUAACCAAAUAGUGCCUUUCAGCAAUAAUUUUGAACAUUGAUUUUAAUACAAGCACUGUUGAAUUACACCCAAGAAGGCGUAACGCCUAAAUCAUAUACGUAACUUUUCUAGUUUGGGUAUAUGGAUUUACGGUGACUCGAUUGAACAAUAUAGACAGAGGACCUCAUGUUGCUUCUGUUGUUGUUGGAGCACUUUUUUCAUGUCAGGAGCGACUUGAGAAAUUGCAAGUUGCUUCUGGUGUGAAAGAAUUGGCUGUCUGCAAGGAUGUUGCUCAGGGGAUGCCCAGAUGUU